AUGUUUAAGAAUCGGGCGCUUACUUUAAGACGAUUCAGAGUUUUUGAUGUUCAAGCUAAACCAGCAAGUAAUUCAAACAGGCCAUUGAACAAAGAGAUUAACAACAAUGCUAAACAACGCAAAAACUUUGCUAACUCCACGCCUCAUGUUAAUCCAGAUUACGACGAGUUGAAAGCCAGGAUGCCACCUCUGGAAAACAUUGUUUCUUCUUCUGAUGAUGAUGACGACGACAACAGCAAUGAAAGUAAUGCAGACAUUUAUUUUGAAAGACCGAUUAAUGGAAAUACAAGACAAGCAAAUAUGCAAAAUUUCUUCCACUUGUUUGUUGGUAAUUUUCCCUACGGCACCAGUGAGGUAGAUUUAUUGAGAUUAUUUCAACAUUAUCAUCCAACCAAAGCUAUUAUUAUAAAUGGGAAUGAUAAAAGCCGAAGCACACAAGGUUUUGUUUGUUUAUCAAAUCCUAAAGAUCUGGAAGCAGCCACAGAAGAAAUGGAUCGCACUGAAUACAAGAACCAAAUCUUGUUGGUCUCAUCAUCACUUGUUUGGCCGAGAAUCAUAAUAUCAAAGAAAUGUGAUACUGGAGACAAGAAUGAAAAAUGCAAAAGGCCAUCUGUUGUUAAAUACCCCCUCAUUGUUGAACCAGGAAUUAUUUAG